AUGGUAAAUUUAAAAAGAGAAGGGUUAGGCCUUCUCUUGAAGUUGGGACGUGCUGUUGGAGAAAUAAUAGAAACAACGGAAGACCCGGAAGCAGAAAAACUUACACCUACGCACAAUACAGAAGCUGAGCCAAUGAAGGUGUAUUGGGAAAGUGACAAAAAACAAUUAGAUCAUAAAAAUCAGCCUUUCAUAGAUCUUUUUCUGAAGGGGGCUGCACUGGAGAGAAUACCAGAUGCAACCGAGGAACCGACAAAAGAGUCUCAUUAUAAUUUGGAAAGACUGAGGCAAUUUUUGCCAGAUGCCAUAACAUAUAAUAUUAAGGGUGUUCCAGAAACUCCUAAAGCUGGCACCGGAAUAUCAAGCAGCGGCCGCGAUGCGGGCGUCGUUGCAGGCAUCGUGAUUGCAGUGAUCACAGGAGUUGUCAUACUAGCCGCACUGAUCGCCGUUGUUAUGUACCGUCACUACGUGCACCGUAACGUUACAUCCAUGAAUUUCGACAAUCCAGUGUACAGGAAGACGACGGAGAACCAAUUUGCAUUGGAACAGAAUGGGUACGCGCCGGGAAGCAAGUUGUACCCGAGCACCGUGGGCGAAGAGGCACAAGAACCACUUAACACACCCGGCACAAAUGAGUAUGUAUAG